AGCUACAAUCAUAUGAUGAAUUGCAGAAAUAUUUAGCAUGGCUACAGCUAUAAAAUCUUCUAAUGAAAAAGAAUAUUUAUUGCCAGCUGCAGAAGGUGGAAUACAAGGAGAAAAAAAAGAUACCAAAAAGAAAUGGAAUAAGAAAUGGAUUUUAUCAGUUUUAUGCUUAUUUACAGUCAUUAUGCUAGUCUGUAUUGCUUGCUUUGUCCCUCUAUUCACACUAUCAUAUUCAACUUCUAAGACAAGUGAUGAGACUUUAACAAUUCAAGAUACCAGCUCACCAUUACUGAUAACGGUCAAUAGUUCGAUAUAUGAAGUUUCAGUGACUCUAUUGUCACAGAAUGCUGAUGAUGCCAUUUUUGAAGUGUUUAGUAGUGAUACAAAGCCAAUAAAAGUAGGUGAUUAUCUUCCGUUGUCACAUAUUUCAAAAUUGGAGGGUCUAGCUAGGUAUAAUUAUAACUACCUAGGUGGAGACCUGCCUAUAUACCUAAUAGAACCCUCUUCAAUAACGUAUAGUUUUGAAGUAAUAGAGAAGAACAACAUGUGUGUUGCAACAGAUGAGGAAGUUGCCAUCUUGUAUCUUUUUGACAAUAAUGUUGAUUAUAACCAGUUUAGAAAUUAUGGGCCAUACCAUGCAGUAAAAUCAUACCCAAUAGAUACGACCAAUAACUAUUUGGUAGCAGUUUUCAAUAUCACGAAAGCAGAUUUAUACUAUGUUGGCAUUGAAAUAAAGGAUGGAUAUAUUGUUGAGAGUUAUGUAUCAGUAUUACAAUACACAUACAACAUCAGUGGGUAUAACAAUCCAAGUGAUUGCAAUGAGUAUCUCAACAUUAAUGAUCCUACUUGUGUGAUAGAAACUUGCAAUAAAUUUUACUGCAAGAAAUCUAGGAAUAAAUUUAUUUACAUUAGAUCUAUCUCUGAAUCAUAUUCUACUGUGCAAUUACAAGUUUUGUACAGCACAACUAAUGUUAGUAGUUUUACCCAAUUUUGGGCAAGUAUAGCGUUCAUAAUUUUAUUAAUUUUAUUUACAAUUUUGUUUGUUAUUUAUUUGAUUUUUUCGUUCCGAAGAAAAAUUUGUUUUUAA